AUGGCAAACCCCUCGCCCUCACCCUCCCCACUCCGCUCCCCCUCCCCCCUCCCAGAAGGCCUCACAGAAAUCUCAUCCCCCUCAUUCCCCUCAUUCCCUUCCUCCCCACACACCCACUCCCAAGACUCCCUCCCAUCACUAGACGUCAACACCCUCUAUUCCUGGCUUGGUCUCUCACCUGCCAGUGCCCAUAGAAGGGGGAAGGAGAACUCGCCACACUCGCCCUCGAUCUCCCUCCCUAGGUCUAUGAGAGCUGUGCGGGCUAGGGAAGGACGUGCGCUUGCUCAGAUGGCGCCUGAUUCCCCUUCCCAUCCCGAAUCGUCUUCGGCUAGCAAAAUCCCCCGCUCGACCAGGAAACCUACCAAUCCCCCUCGCACAGGGCCAAAUCCUCCACCAAGCAGCUACAGCUACACACUCCGCACGCCCCAGAAAAGCUCUACACCGCGCUCAUCCCGCUUCCGCCCCCGCCCGCGGCAUAAGCAGCCCCAUCACGAGCAGCCCCUCUGCCCAGAAACGUCCUUCAUCUCCACCUCCCAGGGAUCGACCCUCUCCCGAUCUGGAAGACGCAGCUCGGCCGAGAUCUCAGCCUGGGCCGCGAGUGGGGUCUUCCCCCAGCCAGAGGGAUCUACUACUCCCAGUGACGGUGCCGGGGGAGGAGGAGGGCAGGGGUCGGGCGAGCCUGCGCUGGGGUUGGAGGGAGGGGGAGGAUGGGAGAAGGCAGUCACGAGGGAGAUACUGGAGCUGUCCUUCUCCCGGAUGGAUAGGAGCUCUUUGGCCGUAUCGGUCCGUUCGAAAGCUAGACCUAAGGAGCCCGAGUCGCGCGCAUCGGCCUCUGCGGGAAGGUCUUCCCCAAAGUGGACUGCUCUGGACAGGCGGGGGACGUAUUGGCACAAGCGCGGGCACGGGGAGUCUGAUUCUGGACAAGCAGAAGCAGAAGCAGAAGCAGAAGGAGAGGGAGAAGGAGAAGGUAGACCCCGUUUGGCACCGGAUACGCCCUCCCGCCCCAGAUGGGCAGACUUCCUUUUCCCCUCCCCAGCUCCUGCCCCACCUCCCCCGCCUCUUACGCCUCUCGCUCUCACUCUCACGCCUCUCACGCCUCUUAUCCCACACCACGCUCCUCCUGCGGAACACCCCCCCUCCGAUCCAGGCUCGGACGGGGUAUCCCCCACUCCCGCGCCCCCCGUGCACCGGGGUAUCACACCCGCAGGCCAGCUCACUCUACACCCCCCGAAGGCAAAAGCGCGGGCUGUUUCUGGCCCUGCAGUUUUUGGGGGAAGGCCCACUGUUAGGCUUGUGCUUGCCCCUUCCCGUCCCGGUCAUGGGCAUGGGCAUGGGCAUGGGCGCGGGUCUAGCGAUUCCCGGUAUGAGGAGGGGAACGGGGCGGUGGGAGUGGAUGGGGAAGGGAAGGGGAAGGGGAAAGGGAAAGGGAAAGGGAGGAGCGCUUCUGCGCCUCUUUCUGCGCCUCUUGCGCCUGCCCAGCCCUGGACCGAGGGACGGGCUGGACGACCAGAGGGACAAAGCCGGAAGAGCUGGUCAUCACGGACACGGAGCACUUCUACCCCCAGUUUAUGGGAAACGUCCAUCCUUGAAGAGGGGGAGUGGGAUACCCAGCUGGAAGGACGGGGACGGGGACGGGGCAAGAGGGAGAGGAAUGGGCUCCAAGGACGAGAACUGGGCUUCUGUGAGAUGGGUUCGCUCGCCUUCCCCAGGCUUACGGAAGAGCAGCAAGAACUGGACCAGGAACUGGAACUGGAAUACGAACACGAACACGAACGCGGAUGGGAAAGACUCCCACGCAGAGUGAGCCUAAAAGACGUCAUCCUCCCCCGGCCGGUGGUGGUUCUCCUCGAACCUGCUACGUCUGCGUCUGCAUCUGCUGGGCGUGCUCCUGCGACUGCGACUGCGACUGUGACUGGGACUGAUGGCAAGAGGAGGUCUGGGUCGGGCUCGUUGUUUUCUCUCAAGCCUGAGAAGCUUGAUAGGAUGAGCUUGGGUGGGGAGAGGGUGAGGAGUAGGCGGUUGAUGAAGAACAGUGCGGGAGCGGGAAGAUCGGGAAGCUCGAAGAUCAAGAACAGGAGCAAGAGGGAGAGGGCGAAAGGCUGGGUGCUAGGGGCGAGAGGACCCGAGUUCGAGAAGAUCGACCAUAGCCGGGUUUGUACGUCGUCGUCAGCCGCGGCGGCGGCAGCGGUGGGGGAGUGCGUGUCGCCAGAGGUGUCCCAGGGCCCGGAGUCGGAGAGGAAGGAACUCGAGAACCCGGGGAGGAGCGGUGAAACCGUGCCAGUCACGGCCCUGGACGGUCAAGACGAACUUGAAGACUCGGAGGGAAGAAUCAGGAAAUGGCUGUUUUUUAUCGGGUUUGUCUUUUUUCCCGCUUGCCCUUGCAACGUACGGAAAAGGAUGCGCUCGUCAUUCGACUUCCGCACACCUUCUCCGGCCCCAGUCCCUCCCUCUCCACUCCCAAGCGACCAUCCCCUCUCGCUCGAACUCCAAUCCCUGCGUACAGCUCUCACGCAGUAUCAGACCGCAGCACACAACAGCGCCAUCCACCUGCAGCACCUCUCGCUCUCCGCCUCCUCCGCCAAAGAAAGGAACAAACAACUCACAGCACUCACCCUCCGGCUACAGGAAGAGCUCGCCCUCUUGCGUGAGAAACCGGCGGAAACGAACGUUCAUGAUAGGGAGUUUACGCUUGUUGUGAGGAGGCUGAGCGCGAGGGUGGAGGAAGUGGAGCGGGCGUUGGAGGCACGGGUUAGGAGGGCGUUGGAGUUGGAGGACAAGCUUUCGGUGCUGGGGUUGGAGGAGAGGGAACGCCGGGUGAAGGAAGAGAGACGUGCGCUAGAGAGGUUGGCAAGGGAUGUCGUCGAUCGUGCGGGGCGUGCUGCGUCACUUCCUACCCCCGUCUCUGCAGGGGGGGACAUCACUGGCCCUUCCUCCUCCCACUCUCUCUCCUCCUCCCCUGGCCAGUACACCCACUCAGACCUCCGGUGUUCACUCCUCAAGCUCCUGUCCGAAUCUUCAUCCCAUACGUCAUCCCUGGAACGCAGGCUCUCUGAUGCGCUUUCCCAGCUGGAAGCUAAGGAGCAAGAGCUGGCAGAAACGAAGGAAGAGCUGGACAGGGGGAGGGAGAGGGCCGCACAGGCGGAAGGCAAGUGGGAAGCUGCAAAGGCGGACGAUCGUGCUGCUGCCGGGUUGGUAGAACGAUACAUGCGUUUCUCCCAAUCCACUACCGACUCCCUGCGCAGUACGAUCUCCACACUCCAAUCCCGCCACUCAAGUACAGUGCAAACCCUGCAACUUCAGCUCUCCCAAUCCCAAACUUCGCUCGCCCGGUCCGAACGGCAAGUCCUCGCCCUCCGCUCAGCGCUAGACGAUGUCACCCAGGACGUGGUGGUGCAUUCUGAGGGCCGAAGACGGGAGGUGGGGCUGAGGCUGAAAUUGGUAGGGAGGGAAGAGAGGUGGGUAGGUGCGGUUAGGAGGGCUGUGGGGAGGGCUGGGAGGGAGCUUGCCCAGGGGAAGGGGAAGGGGAAGGGGAAGGGGAAGGAGAGGGCGGAGGGAGGGGAAGGGGAGGUGCUGCAGAGGCUUUUGCUAGCCCUCAGAGAAGUACUGGACGAAGUAGACGGGCCUUGCUCCUCCCCCUCCCCCUCCAACGCCGACGCCAACCCCACACAACCAGAAGGCAAACCGUACAAGCGCGCGGCCCAAGCUGUACAUAUGGGCACAGGAGCACUGGGGAGGAUCGUCGCUGCUGAACAGGCGGUGAGCGGGUUGGUACUGGAACUGGAGAGGGAGACUGGGAGGCGGAUGGGCCUGGAACGGGAGAGGGGGUUUGGGCUGUGGGAGGAGGGGAGGGGAGGGGAGGAGGUAGAUGGGCAGCUACUUGGGCAACUGCAGCAGGGUCAGGGGCAGCAGGGGCAGGAGGAGGAGAGGGAACAUGCGCAUGAGAGAGAGGAACAAGAAGUACCCGAGCCAGAGGCGGACGAGGCAGACGAGGCGGACGAGCAAACCAGACUGCUCCAAGAGCCCAGUACGCCCCUCUCUGUCCCUCCUGCUACGGAGGCGGUGGUGGAAGAUGCCGGCUACGCACCGGAAGGGCAUCAGAGCGAGCGGGAGAUGAACGGGCAUGCGCUUGCCGCUGGGGAUGCUGAGCUGCCGGAGAGGACGGAGAAGGAUGGCCGGGUUGGGCCUGUCUGCGGCUCCGGCUCGGAGAGAGAGUACAAGUGGGGUGUGCGGGAUGUUGGUAAUGGGCAUCCUGAGGCUGCUGUUGGGUUGGAAGACUCCAGGCCGGUCGACACGCCUGGACGCGAGUCAAGUGCCCUGCCGAACGGCGAUAUGAACGGACAGCCUAAAGUUGACACCGAACCGGAAGUCUCCAAGUCAGUCAAUGCCUCUGGAGCCAAGGUGAAUGGUUAUCUCGAGCAUGUCGCCGUACCACAGAAGGAUCGCAAGUCGGCUGUGCUCCCGGACGGUGGUAUGAACGGGCCUCCUGACGCUGCUGUCGGUUCGGAAGAAAGCUCCGAGUCGAUCCAUGUGGUUGGAGGCAAGCUGAACGGUCAUGCUGAGGCUGCUAGUGGGCAGGAGGAAACUACCGAUUUGAGUGCCGUUUCUGUCAACCUGAACGGGAGCGCCGAGCCCUUCAAAGUAGCCGACGCUGAAUCCAAGCCGUUCAUCGAAGAACCUGGCUCUGAACAAGUGCCACAGUCAACCCCCGCCGCAGCUACAGCGGCCAUAGCAAUCUCACCGGACGCGCAAGCCGAUAUCAACCCACAGGUGGCCGAACUCUCCGACAGCUCCUCGGUCGAAACCUUAGCAUUAAGUGAAUGGGCCCCAUCGACCAGGUCGUUGCCUACGCUAUCGAACGAAUCUCUGAUUUCUGAGACGCCGACUGCAGUUUCCAGCGGGGCUCUAAACGAGUUUGUCAGCGAGAAGGUAGCCUCGGCCGUGCCUGAAGAGAUUGUCGACGUACCGGCGCCAGUUAUGAUCGUCGCAGACCAAAAGGCGGCCAUUGAAGCUCCCCAGGAGCCCGUCCAGAUCCCAGAACCCCCUGCUAUUCGAUUCGAAGAGCCUGCCCCUGCAAAACCGAUCGAGGAGGCCGCCAAAUCGCCCGAGGAGGCACACAGCGACGAGCUCCUCCGCCAGCUCUCCGAGGCAUCAGCGCGCUACGAGUCUAUCCAGCAAGCGUUCAAGGGAUGUCACAACACCCUCCUGGCGCUAAGGAACGAGCUCCUCUCACCCGCUUCUCCCGGCCCAGUGGCCGAACAAGCACAUCUGCUUUCCACUGCUGUCAAUAGGCUCGACGACAUCACCGAGGACACUCGUGUGAGCCUCGAGAUUCGCGCUAUUGACGAUGCCCGCCUUGCCAAGGGCUUCGAAACGCUGCUUAUGAUGAACACUCACUCUGCUCCCGGCACGCAGCUGUACGAGCAGAUCGAAGCCUUCCUCGCAGGGGAAGACGCAACCGGCAGCAACGUGCAACACACCUUUGAGCAAAAGCUCGACGACCUGGAGCACGACAUAUCGAUCAUUAAGCGCGCUGUUCACGAAUGGAUGACCGGGGAUACGUUGACCGCCGGCCUGUCGGACGAGCCGCCCCACGCGCCUGAUCCUACCCGCCCCGCUCCCUCCCCUUGGGGAUGGACGAGCGCCUUCCUCCCCUCGCGACCGAACAGCCCGUCCCCAACCUUCGGAGCGGUGAUGUCCGGUGCCGUUUCGGGGAAACCGAGAUCCCCAUCGAACAAUAGUACUGGUAUACGGUUCCCAAUGCUCGCCCCGCUUUCGCCUAGAGAACACCCACUCGCCUAUCUCAGGCUGAGGCACUCCAUGCCCUCCCCCUCCCUUACCUCUCCCGCGCCCAUAUCACCCAGUUUCGCGGCGUACACUGUCCUCUCCCCCCCGGGGUCGGCGUCCUCCGUCGUCCUCGGGCUGCCGUACGAACGCAGGCGCACGACCUCGGCUUACAUGGCCGGUCUCGCCCCUGGCCUGGGCAUGCGUGCGCCUCCCCCUGGCCGCCGUCUACCGGCGAGGGCAGCAAGCACCCCCCAGCUGGUGCUGAGCAGUGAUGACGUUGAAUAG